AUGGACGGUGACCCUGCGGUGGAGCCGGAGCUUGACUCCUUCAGCCUGACGUUUCCUCUGCCUUAUCGCGUGGGCUUUCUCUUCACAUUGGCCGUCUGGGGCUGGGGUCUAAACCUCCACUACCUCUACUUACUCAAGAUCGAUGUCCCCUCGCUGAUACGGUACCCGGGUCGCACGUCGGUGCACCGGGUGCCUCACCACUUCUCGACGUACCGGCUCGCGACUGUCCUCUCGGGCCUCCUCGGCCUGUCCAUGCUGCUCUUCUGGCUGCUGACGUGGCGCGUGCCGUCGCGCGUCAUCGCCUUCGACUGGAUGCCCAUGACGUACCUGGUAGCCAUGGUGGUCGUCUUCCUCGCACCGCUGCGCAACCUCCCCUCGGCCGGCCGGCGACGAUUCUUCUCCACGCUCCGGCGCAUAUGCCUGGGCGGCAUCGCCGAGGCCCAGGACGGAAAGUUCGGCGACAUCCUCCUGGCCGACGUGCUCACGUCGUACGCCAAGGUCCUGUGCGACCUGUACGUGUCGGUGUGCAUGUUCGCCACGCCGGGCGGGUCGUCGACGCUCCGUCCGGACCGCGAGUGCGGCGGCGCCGUCGCCGUCCCCAUCCUCCUGGCCGUCCCCAGCGCCAUCCGGUUCCGGCAGUGCGUCGUCGAGUUCUUGCGCGUCCGCCGCGCGCCCUACCGCGAGUCCACGGGCUGGGGAGGGCAGCACCUCGCCAACGCGCUCAAGUACUCGACCGCCUUCCCCGUCAUCAUCGCCGGCGCCAUGCAGAAGGGACCCGCCGCGGCGAGCUCGGACGGCGGCGACGCGGGCCCGGGUGCGGGUGCGGUUGCGGGUGCGGGUGCGGGUGCUGCGCCGGCCCUGAGCAAGGCCUGGCUGUGCGCCGUCCUCGUCAACUCCCUCUACUCCUUCUACUGGGACGUCACCAAGGAUUGGGACCUGACCCUCUUCUCCGGGAGGAGGGAGCGCUCGUCGCCCCACCACCCCUGGGCCCUGAGGGCCCGACUCAUCUUCCGUCCCGUCAACGCCUACUACGUCGUCAUCCUGCUCGACCUGGCCCUCCGGUGCACGUGGUCCGUCAAGCUGAGCGCCCGGCUGGACGCGUACAGCCGCUUCGAGGGCGGCAUCUUCCUCAUGCAGCUGCUCGAGAUCUUUCGACGCUGGGUCUGGAUCUUCCUCCGUACAGAGGCCGAGUGGUUCAGACACAACCCUCCUGGUCUUGGGGCCGAUGACAUUCUCAUGGGCAGCUAUCAGGAUGACGACGACGACGACCUUGAUGACGACAAAUAA